CACUGCUCUAUUUUUAUUUAUUUUGUUUUCUGAGCUACUCUUAUUAGUCGUCGUCGCCGACCUUAAUGACUGUUACUGUAAAAUCGCAAUAUAUAAUAAUAAUAAUAAUAAUAAUAAUAAUAAUAAUUGAGAGUAUUGAGUGAAGUUUCUGAACUAAAUUUGGAGAGAGAUUUUUGGAGGGUAGGAAUUUAGCGUUAAAAAAAAUAAAAAUUAAGAGCGAAGCUAAAUCUGGCAAAGGUGGAGGGGUUGAGGGCGCGAUCGUCGUUGAGGCAAGACGGGAUCGGGAUUUACGACGAUGAGGAGGACGACGAAUCCCAUUUGAGGCCUUGGCCUCGUAGGUUCAUGGCGCUUCCACUCUCUUGCUCCUCCGCUUUUAGAUUCGCCCUCCUUUUCCUCCUACUCGCCGCCAUUGCCACCGCUUGCAUUUUCCUCCCUAUAGAAAAGAUAUUGAAGGAUUUCUUGAUAUGGGUUAAGCAGGAUCUGGGACCUUGGGGCCCAAUUGUCUUGGCCAUUGCAUACAUUCCUCUCACAAUCCUCGCUGUUCCAGCUUCUAUACUUACUCUUGGUGGAGGUUAUCUAUUUGGGUUGCCUUUGGGGUUCGUUGCUGAUUCUAUUGGUGCAACAAUUGGUGCUACAGCUGCAUUUAUUCUUGGUAGAACAAUUGGAAGAUCAUAUGUUAUCUCCAAGUUAAAGAAUUAUCCAAAGUUUGAAGCUGUUGCUAUUGCAAUUCAGAGAUCUGGCUUUAAGAUAGUUCUGCUGCUUCGGUUGGUUCCGUUGCUUCCAUUUAAUAUGCUGAAUUAUCUUCUGUCUGUGACUCCUGUUCGCAUAGAAGAGUAUGUGAUGGCAACGUGGCUAGGAAUGAUGCCUAUAACAUUUACUCUAGUAUAUAUUGGAACAACUUUAAAGGAUCUAUCUGAUGUUACACACGGAUGGAAUGAGCUCUCAACCUCCAAUUGGGUGUUUAUAGGACUGGGUUUCUGUAUAUCCAUUAUUAUACUGGUUUGCAUUACCAAAGUGGCCAAAGCUUCUCUGGAUAAGGCACUUGCUGAAAACACUGAAGUGGAAGGCACGUUGUCUCCACAGACUCUACCCAUUUCAUCAAAUUCUCCUUUGGAUCUCCAAAAGCCUCUCAUUAUCAAGAUUGACCCAGUAGAUGAACAUCAUGAGAGAUAACAUACAUACAUUCUUUUUUUUUCUUCUUUUAUUUUUCUUGUAAAUUCUUUCACUUCUUUACACCUCAUAAUGUUAUAAUUGCUUAGAUCUACACGGGGUUUUAGGAAAUAAACAAAUGGAUUAUAAUAAGUAGGAGUUACUUCUUAAAAUUGUAACACCUUCAUCUUAGAAAUAAGAGAAGGAAUACUAACACAAGUUUAUCAUCUAUUUAAGCUAAAAUGUAGAAUCCUUAAAA